AUGGGUAACGGUUUACGGAAGCUAACGGUGUGCUUCACCGGCGGUAACCGGAAGCAGGACAUAACGGUUUUGAUAACGGAGCCACUCGACGAGGGACACGGGCACUCUUUCUGCUACGUUAGGCCCGACCCGACCCGUUUAUCUUCUUCGAAAGUUCACUCGGAGGAAACGACGACGUUCCGAACAAUCUCCGGCGCGUCCGUGAGUGCGAACACAUCCACUCCUCUCUCCACGGCGUUGGUGGAUUUGUACUCGUAUGGCUCCAUUGAUAGAGCUGCGGCUUUCGAGAGUUCAACCUCGUUCGCUUCGCUUCCUCUUCAACCAAUCCCAAGGAACCUCAUGAACUCGGGUCCCUUCUCGGGAAAUCUCGGUGGAAUUCCCGGGUCGGGUCCUAUGGAGCGAGGGUUCAUGUCGGGUCCGAUCGAGCGUGGAUUCAUGUCGGGUCCUAUCGAUCGCGGGUUGUUCUCGGGUCCGAUUGAAAAGGGUAGCUCCGAUCAGUUUCAGAGAAGCUUUUCUCAUGGGGGUUUCGCUUUGAGCCCCAGAACGAAGAAGGGUCGAUGGUUUCAGUUUCUUCAGAGGGCAAUUUCGAAGACCUUAUCGAUCAAAAGGGUUAAAGUUAAAGAUCUGGAAUGGAUUAUUGGGGCGGAGAAACAGCAUAACGAGAAUCUGACUGUGAGUAGCGUGAAUUUUGGCAGCGAUGGUAGCUUGGAAGAUGAUGAUUCCAUGGAAAGUCAGAAUCUUCAUUGGGCACAAGGGAAAGCAGGGGAGGACCGUGUUCAUGUCGUGGUAUCCGAUGAGCACGGUUGGGUUUUCGUGGGAAUCUAUGAUGGCUUCAAUGGUCCUGAUGCUCCUGAUUACCUCCUUUCGAAUCUUUACCCCGCCGUGCACAAAGAAUUGAAGGGGUUGUUGUGGGAUGAUGGGUCAAAUGAGAAUUUUGAAAUGCGAGAUUCGUUGUUGCCGAGCAGUGAUAGUGAGAAUGAUAGUGAUAGUGAUUUGAGGAAGAGAGGAGAUGCUUGUUCUCACUGUGUUGAGCCAGAGAAUCAUCCGUGCACAAGUGGGGCUGAUGCGAAUUUUGAUCCUAUUUUGAAGAGAAAGUAUCUAGAACUUGAUACAAGAUUAAAGGAGCAACUGAAUCGAUGUGUUGGGACCAGCGCAAUUAAUCACUCAGAAGUGUUGGAAGCACUUUCUCAGGCUCUGAGGAAAACAGAAGAGUCUUAUUUGGAUGUUGCGGAUAAGAUGGUCAUGGAAAACCCUGAGCUGGCGUUGAUGGGUUCAUGUGUUCUUGUAAUGUUGAUGAAAGGGGAGGAUGUUUACGUGUUGAAUGUAGGUGAUAGUAGAGCUGUGCUAGCUCAAAAGGCUGAGCCUGAUUAUUGGCUUGGGAAAAUAAGGCAGGACUUGGAGAGGAUCAAUGAAGAAACAAUGAAUGAUCUUGAAUCGUGGGAUGGUGAUGGGACAAACUUGGUUCCUAGUCUAAGUGCGUUUCAGCUAACCAAGGAUCAUAGUACUAACGUGGAAGAAGAAGUCCAGAGAAUAAGAAAAGAACACCCGGAUGAUGCUUGUGCAGUGGUAAAUGAUCGUGUUAAGGGUUCUCUGAAGGUUACCCGAGCAUUCGGUGCUGGAUUUCUCAAACAGCCUAAGUGGAACAAUGCACUUUUGAAGAUGUUUCGAAUAGAUUACAUGGGAACUUCUCCUUAUAUAAACUGCCUACCAUAUCUAAAGCACCAUAGAUUAGGCCCAAAGGACAAAUUUUUGAUUUUAUCCUCAGAUGGGCUCUACCAAUACUUGACAAACGAAGAAGCAGUAGCUAAAGUUGAGCUUUUCAUUAUGUUGCAACCUGAGGGAGACCCGGCUCAGCAUUUGGUUGAAGAAGUACUAUUUCGAGCCGCGAAGAAAGCUGGUUUGGACUUUCACGAGUUGCUUGAAAUUCCACAGGGUGAUAGACGUCGUUAUCAUGAUGAUGUUUCCAUCAUUGUUAUUUCUUUCGAGGGAAGGAUAUGGAGAUCCUGUGUACAAGUAUAGUGAACUAAAAAUUAUGUUACAUUUGAAAAAAAGUCAAAAAGGAAGGUGAGAGAUACACUGCCGAAGGGUUGGGCUAUAAUUU